AUGGGCCACUGUACGAGUAAGGAUCAAAAGGAAGGCAAAAAGCUGAACCGGCGGAUAGAGGAGCAAAUUAAGAAAGACCAGUCAAUGUCGCUGCGAAUUAUAAAAUUACUGCUUUUGGGAGCCGGGGAGAGUGGAAAAAGUACAAUAUUAAAGCAAAUGAGAAUUCUUCACAAGGAUGGUUUCUCAGUAGAAGAUCUCGAAAUGAUACGACCAGUUGUUUAUUCAAAUUGUAUCCACUCAAUGAUUUCCAUACUUCGAGCCAUGUUCCAUCUGCAAAUUGAAUAUGCUGACACAGAUCGUGUGAGAGACAGUCAACUUGUUUUUGCGACUGUUCAUGCAAAUAAGGAAGAAUUAACAGAAGAAUUAGCUGCAGCGAUGCAAAGAUUAUGGGCUGAUGAAGGAGUUCGAGAAUGCUAUCGUCGUUCAAACGAAUAUCAAAUAGAUGAUUCAGCCAAGUACUUCUUAGACAAUCUGCAACGUUUGGCUUCCGAAAAAUAUGUUCCGACAGAGCAGGAUCUACUUCGUACACGCAUCAAAACAACCGGAAUAACAGAAGUUUUAUUUGAACUGAAAGGAUUAACAUUUAGAGUAAUUGAUGUUGGAGGACAGAGAUCUGAACGAAAGAAAUGGAUUCACUGCUUUGAUAAUGUGAAUGCUAUUAUAUUCAUUAGUUCCUUGUCUGAAUAUGAUCAAACGCUUCGUGAGGAUAAUUGCACGAAUCGUAUGCAAGAAAGUUUGAAGCUUUUCGAUUCCAUAUGUAAUAGUCCGUGGUUUGCUGACAUUCACUUCAUUCUAUUUUUGAAUAAGAAGGAUCUGUUUGCGGAAAAGAUAACUCGAAGUCCUUUAACAAUAUGUUUCCCUGAAUAUAAAGGACAGCAAAAUCAAUCGGAAUGUAUCAACUAUAUCCAAUGGAAGUUCGAACAACUCAAUCGUUCGACACAACGUGAAAUAUACUGCCAUCAUACGUGUGCUACAGAUACUAAUAACGUGCAGUUUGUAUUAGACGCCUGUUUAGACAUGAUCAUAGCCAAAAAUCUGAAAAGCAUGGGACUUUGUUAG